AUGCAUAGAUGGAAUAACACUAAGGUGCCUUACUUCGUCCUUAUGGGAUUGACAGAUGCUGAAGACAUCCAGCUGGUGCUCUUUGUGUUGUUUCUCCUGUUAUACCUGGUCACUGUGCUGGGGAAUGCAGGGAUGAUAAUGGUCAUCCGCCUGGAUGCUCAACUUCACACCCCCAUGUAUUUUUUCCUCAGUCACCUGUCUUUCAUCGACCUCAGUAACUCAUCUGUCAUCACUCCUAAAACAAUAGGGAAUUUACUGACCUCCAACAAGAUUUCCUAUGUUAAUUGCCUCACUCAAAUGUACUUUUUUAUCUUCUUGACUGGUGUUGAGUGUUUUCUUCUCUCCUCCAUGGCCUAUGAUCGCUAUGUAGCCAUCUGCAAUCCUCUCCACUACCCGGUUGUCAUGUCCACCAGACGCUGUUGCUCCCUUGUCUUGGGGUCCUAUAUAAUAGGCUUUAUAGAUUCCUUAGUCACUGUGCUUGGUAUGAAGAAUUUAGACUUCUGCAACUCCAAUGUAGUCCAUCAUUUUUUCUGUGACCUAUCCCCAAUUUUAGCCCUGUCUUGCUCUGACACCCUCGACACUGAACUCAGGAUUUUCAUUUUUGGUGGUUCCACCCUCAUUGUCUCUCUUGUCAUGUUAUCAGCAUCCUAUGUGUCCAUUCUCUCUACUGUCUUGAAAAUUAAUUCUGCUUCAGGAAAGAGAAAAGCCUUUUCCACAUGUGCCUCUCAUCUCUUGGCGGUCACCAUUUUCUAUGGCACUCUGAUUUUCACUUAUUUAAAACCAAAGAAAUCCUACUCCUUGGGUAAUGGACAGGCGGCUUCUGUGUUUUAUACAAUUGUGACCCCCAUGCUGAAUCCCCUCAUUUAUAGUGUUCGUAACAAAGAAGUGAAAAAUGCUGUUCUUAGACUCCUGAAAAAGAGACAGGGGUCCAGGCACUUGAAAUAG